UACAGUUUCGGUAACUUUAAGAAUUUAAAGAAGGUUCUGAGUAAAAAAAUCUAAAUGCCGGCCGGUUGUCUCGCACGUGUAAGUUUUAAUAAUAACGUAAUUUAAAACAGGAUGUGUUCAAAAAUGGCGGGUUUUUGUGACAUCGCCGGUGCUGCCCGGCGAUUGGUGGCGUUUGUGAAAUAAUUGUGUGUCAUGCGCACAUAAAGUUUGGUUAGCAGUUGCGCGGGUGAUUCCUCGUGUGACCGGCCAUAUUGCGUUGAAUGAGUGCGUGAAAACAUAGGGCUAAGUAGCCAUAAACAAAUCUUCCAACAUCCCUUCGUUGCGAAGAAAUAAUCCGUAAAUUCCAUGAUGGAGAAUUCUUACGGAAUCGGCGUUGCCAACAGGUACGCACUAUUUUUGGAUGAUGAAUCUGAUCCACUAGAAACGCUCAACCUUAAAGAACAAGAAAAGGAACUGAAAAAGAAGAGUAAAGUCGCCGAGAAGGAGAAUAAGGGGAAAACGGAGCCGGCCAAGGGAAAACCGGCGAACGUCCAAAAAAAAACCAACAAAGAAAACACCAUUCAUAAAGUCCAAGAAAACAAACGUGAUGACGCCAAACCCAACCAUCAAAGGUCGAACGUUGAUGGAAAACCGGAACGAAACUACAACAAGUUCAAUAACGAAAAUCGCGAGGAACGCAAUAACAGGAGAAACCGGGAAGAUAGGACUUACAACGGACCAACGGAGAAUCGGGAUAGAGAGGAAAGACCUCGAAGGGAGAAUAUUGGCGAGAAUUUCGAAAAUCGUAAUCGUGACCGUGGCGAACGUGGAGGGCGAGCGUUAGGGAAUAAACCGGCUGGACCUCGAGGUCCUAGACGCCCUUUUGAUGACAGGCGAGGUAAAAGGGAGUUCGACAGGCAGAGCGGAUCAGACAAGACCCAUGGUUACAGAGGAGUUAAACCCAUCGACAAACGUGACGGAGCUGGCGCUCAUAAUUGGGGUUCUCACAAAGACGUUAUCGAGGAAGCUGAUAAGACUAACGACGCGGAACAGAGUUGGAACGAAAACGACAGACCUGAAACGAAUAUUACAGUGGAAACGAAAGAGGAAGUCGAAAAUAAUGAAACUCCCGUCGAAGAAGAACCCAAGGAACUUACUCUGGACGAAUGGAAGGCUCAACGCGCUGGUCGCAUGAAGCCGCAAUACAACAUUAGGAAGGCCGGAGAAGGAGAAGACCCAAGCCAAUGGAAGAAGAUGUACGAAUUACGAAAAAAGGAAAAUGAAACCAACAUAAAAUCUGAAUUCUACCAGGAGUCUGAGGAAGAGGAAUACGACGCUACUGAAUACCCUCAACGCGUCGGCCGGCAGAAACAUGUUUUAGAUAUCGACAUUCAGUUUAAUGACAACAGGCGCGGUGGCGGGCGUGGAAGAGGUCAAAGGUCUGGUAUAAGAGGAGGGAAUCGUACGAAUCAACGCGGCGCAGGAGGAAACGGUGGUGGUGGUCCGGGCAUCGAAAGACCAGAGAGACGUUAUCGUGAGGAACCGGCUGAUGAAAGACCAGAGAACCGUCGAGCACCUAAAGUCGAUGACGAACGUGAUUUUCCUUCGUUGGGUUAAUCGUUCGCAGUCAAGUCAAUUGUUUUUAGUUUACAAUUGGCGUGUAUAGUUUUUGCUGUUGCAAACACUGUACAUUUAAAACUUUUCAAAUACUUUGUUAUAUUGGUACAAAACGUUCAAUACCCUGAAAAAAUGUCAAACUGGUUUCUAGAAUUCUUUAGGUGGUUUUUGAUUCAUAUAUUUCAGUGUCAACUGUGAGCCCAAGAGGGUGAUGGUUUACUAGUCAGUGUUCUACUGCAUUGUUAACUUUUUAUAUGAUGUAUUUGGCUGCUCACUUGGAUUUUUUUUAUAUAUUCAUUUGUAGUAUUUAUGAUGUACCAUUAACUGGUAUAAUUUAGAUUACAUCUAAUAAGAUUUAUGUAAACUGAUGACAUGCUGUCUGUGUAAAACAACGCGUAAACAGGGUGUCAUCAGUUUCAUGAGAUUUGCAGUUUACUGCUUGUUUAAAGUAAUCAAGCGUUUAGUUUUUAAACUCUUGGUUAGUUCUCGUCGUUUGUAAAUUAUUGUUUUUAAAUGACUGACAUUUUGCGAUAUACACCAGGGUUCUUAAAAAGUACUUCAAAAUUUUUUUAUUUUAGUAGUUUUGUUAAUUUGUAGCCUUACUUUUUAAUACUGGUGUUCCUUAAUAUUAGCUGUAAAUACGAGAAACAUGACCAUACAAUAAAUGUGUAUAAAGAUGGUCUUGCGCGAGGGUAUGUAAUUGUAUAUUCGGUAAUGUCUUAUGUGCCGAGUUAUUUUAAUACACUAUUUUUUACUUGGAACAUUUUAGUGAUUAUUGUUAAGGAUAAGGUUCUGUUUGCCAAUAAGAUCUUAUCCCUUGGUGCUAAAGGCUUACAACAUACCCUUCUCCUCUUUUUUAAGUAAGUGGCUUAACGCAAGAAACAGGAUAAUUACAGUUUACUCAUCGUGAAUUUUAAUUACUCUGUUUUUUUUUUCAACACCGUCAGAUGUAUGAUUGAUCUUGUUAAGUUUUUUAUUUUUUGUGUAGUCGAAUUAUGUUAAUUAAUUUACGUAUUCAUAUUGAUUUUUUGCAAUAACAAUAGUUCAUGCUUGACUUGGUGAAUAUUUUUUUGGUAUUGUGUGAGAAGUUUAUUUAAGUUCAUUGCAGUCAUUCUAAUUCUUUUGUAUUUUUUUCAAUACAAAUUUGUAACAAUUGUGUGAGUCUCAGUUGGUUAUACGUCGUGUUUUAAAGACUUUGCAUGGGAUAUCACAGAGUACUGAAUACAGCGAUUAUUGAUUAAAAUUUGCACUAAAUAGCGACUGUAUCAUACAAAAUAAAUACAAUCAGUGGUUUAUAUAUAGAAAUGCUAAUAAAACUGUGUUUUAUUGAA